AUGGCGAUUGGCCGAGCACCGCCCCCAGGUUUGGCCAGGGCUAUGAGGCGCGAUGCGGUCAACAAAUUGGCCACCGAGUCGGGCAAGUUUCCGCCCAAGAUGGUGUUAACCAGGGCGUGCAAAUGGGUGCUGACCAGUGCAUUUGUGAUUGCCGAGUCGCGCAAAUGUUCAAAUGUCAUCCCCGACGGCCCCGCCCCAACUCCAUUUUCGCAUCUGCCCAACAUUUUAGCGAAGUCCGCGUGGGCGAUAGAAAGCGUUGACCCCUCCGGCGUCGGCCAGAUCACCUCCUCGUCAGCAGCACCGUGGGUGCUUCUAGCGCAGUUCCUCCAGGAUUUCGGGGCUAGGCCUGUGCCAUGGCUCAAGUGGCGUGUUGACUGCAGCUACCGUGUCCAGCCACCCGUGCCGCUGCUUGGUAUCCGUUCUCCGGACCUCCGCCAACUCCGCUUCCCGUCGUCUGAUCCGUCCUGCGGCCUCCCCGCGACUCCGAUGGUGAUUGCUGGAGCGCCUGAGCCGUCGCCAGAGCGCGCUGCCGCCUGGUCGGCAGUCGUCGCCAAACCUCGGUCGGAGCCCGAAAAGGCGACCACAGCGCCGAAGCCUCCUGUAGCGCCGGCUCCGAAGCCCGCGAUAGCAGUCGUUGAAAAGACUCUUCCCCCCGUACCCGUGGCUCCUCUUGGCGUGGGUGUGGCUGGCCCGUCUGCUCCUGUGGUCGCUCCGCCCGUUCCGCUAGCUGCUCUUGUCCCCCUUGCUUCUGUUGCCCCGACGGCGUCUGCUCCUGCCGGGGGACUUGCCGGUCUCCCUGAUCCUGUACCUGGCGCGUUCGCUGUGCCGGCUGCUUCGGUCCCCGACGUGCCUGCGCCGGCGUCUGCUUCUUCCCCGAAGGCGGCGUCCGCCACCACUGUCGGCCCGGCCCCGAUGGGGCCCCGCGGGGCCUUCCGCCCGCCUGUGACAAUGGCGGAUCUCCAGCGGGAGGUGUCACGGGCUGUGCGCGAGGAGGGGGCGUCGCAAAGCCAGAGCAGCUCCCUGCGGGCCGUGCCGGCGCCCGUGGCUCCUCGUCCGACCGCGCCCCCUGAGGUCCCUCCGCCAGCUGCUGCACUUCCGCCACCCGUUCUCGCUCCGUCUGCUCCAUCUCCGUCUGUAGCGGCGGCUGCUCCCGGCGCUCGUCUGCAUCUGCCGCCGGUUCCGCCUGUUGCGGGGGUGGAGUUUGUGGCCGCGGGUGGAGACGCGGCGGCGGCUCAGUAUGCAGCUGAUGAGCCGCUCCAGUUCCUGGCGGAGGCGCUUCAGCCUCCGCAGACUCGUGUUCCCCAGUCGACUCUCGGUCAGCUCCACCGCCUCGCCGAGAGUCUCCACGCGUUGCUGAUUCAAGUUCUUGCUCACUCCUCUCUCCCUGUGAUCCCUCCUGAGUCGUUCCGCGACCGUCCGCGCGAGACUUGCCUGGAUGCGGCGGACCAGCUCGCAGUGCUGCUGGCGCCCGUGCUGGCUGCGCCCGCGGAGGGUGGCGCUGCUGAUGUGGGACAGCUGGACGAGGCUGUCCGGAGCUUGAAGCAGCACUUGCGCGCAGGAUCUGGAGCCGCGGCGAUCGGCGCAAGCACGCUUGUGGUCCGGGAGCUGUGGCGCUCCCUGACGGGCGUUCUUCACGCCCUUGGAGCUCACCGCAUGUAG